CAUUGUCCAAAUUUGAAUUCAGUUCCAACGAAUAUUUUUGUAACGACUCCCCAUUUGUGUGAUCAGUUUUUUUCAAGUAUUAUAGAGUGAUCUAGUGUUUUUAAUAAUUUUGUAUAAGUUUUAUUGAUUAUUAACGUGACCAAGUGUUUAUGCGAAUUGUUUCGAGAUGGCGUCGGAAAAGGGAAGUAGAAAAGACAAAAAUCAGAACAUCCAAGUGUUCGUUAGAUUGAGACCACUAAACCAGCGGGAGAAAGACAUCAGGUCGCUGGGAGUGGUGGAGGUGGUCAACGGACGAGAAGUGAUAGUCCGUCAGUCCAACCAGAGCACUCACACCAAAAAGUUCACAUUUGAUCGUGCUUUCCCACCACACAGCAAACAGGUGGAAGUAUACCAAGAGGUGGUAAGCCCUCUUAUCGAAGAGGUGUUGGCGGGUUACAACUGCACUGUGUUCGCAUAUGGACAGACUGGCACAGGCAAGACGCAUACUAUGGUCGGAGAGGCUGCUUCCAAUGAGGUGUCGUGGCAGAAUGAUCCACAAGCUGGUAUAAUUCCCCGAGCCCUCAGUCAACUGUUUGAUGAGUUACGUCUAACAAACACGGAGUAUACUGUCCGUGUGUCCUACUUAGAGCUUUAUAAUGAGGAGUUAUUUGAUCUGUUAUCCACUUCAGAGGAUAAUUCCAAGCUAAGGAUAUAUGAAGAUGUGACUCGUAAAGGGUCUAAUAUUGUUAAUGGAUUGGAAGAGAUUACUGUGUACAACAAAAAUGAAGUGUACAAGAUAAUGGCGCAGGGACAGGAAAGGAAAAAAGUCGCAUCCACUCUCAUGAAUGCACAAUCAAGUCGAUCUCACACAGUGUUCACAAUCGUGGUGCACAUGAAGGAGAACAGUCCCGAGGGUGAGGAGCUGCUGAAGAUUGGGAAACUGAACCUCGUCGACUUGGCCGGUUCCGAGAACAUCAGCAAAGCAGGUUCAGAUAACCCAGCUAAGAAGGAGCGAGCGAGGGAGUGUGUGAACAUCAACCAGUCCCUGUUGACCCUCGGCAGGGUCAUCACCGCUCUGGUUGAGAGGCACCCUCACAUACCAUAUAGAGAAUCAAAACUAACGCGAAUCCUGCAAGAGUCGCUCGGUGGGCGAACCAAAACCUCGAUAAUAGCCACUAUAUCCCCGGGACACAAGGAUCUAGAGGAGACGAUGAGCACCCUGGAGUAUGCCAAUCGGGCCAAGAACAUACAGAAUAAGCCAGAAGUCAACCAGAAGAUGACCAAGAAGGCGAUGCUCAAGGAGUUCGUGGAAGAGAUUGACCGCUUGAAGCGAGACUUGCAAGCUGCAAGGGAUAAGAAUGGUGUGUAUCUUGCAAGCGAUACAUAUGCAGAAAUCACUUUCAAACAAGAGGAGCAGAGGAAAGAGAUACAGGAACUGCUGCUAAAGAAGAGAGCCCUGGAAGAAGAGAAAGAGAGAUUGGAAAAGGUAUUCGACGAUCUGAAUGGCGCGCUGCAGGCCGAGAGACAGCGCUGCGCUGAGACGUUCAACCAGCUGUGCGGGGUCGAAGAUCGGUUGGCGAACACGCGAUAUAAACUGCAAGAGACGAAGCAGCUCGCGAAGGAGCAGCAGCACCUGGUGCAGAAGCACGGGGAGACCGAGCGGGCGCUGUCCGCGCAGGCGCAGCAGCUGCUGCACGCCGCCGACCUGGCCAGCCGGGACGCCUGCUGUCUGCACAACGCUGUGGACAAACGCAAGUCGGUGGAGUCGUCCAACCUGGAGGUGACGCGCGCGUACCGCAGCGCGUCGGGCGCGCUCCGCGCCGCCGCCGCGCAGCGCGCCGCCGCGCAGCGCCGCCGCGUGCACCAGCUCGCGCACUGCGCGCUGGAGCUCGCUGAGCAGUAUACGGACGACAAUUGUCAGAUUUUAUCACAAAACAAACAAAAGUUUAACGAACUGGUUCAUAUGGCGAAGGAAACAUUAAAAAAGCUGUCAUCCCUCCCGAUCGAGUUGCACGCCACGAUAUCAUCGCACGCGGCGACACACAAGCAGCAAGUGCACGGCGCACUCUCCUCGCAGAUGGAGCAAGUGGGCAACGCGCUUGACAAUGCGUCGCACUGUUUGUCCGUUUGUCUGCAGCGAGCUAGCGACGUGGAUGUGUGCAGCGAUCUGGAUAAGUUCUUACGCUAUUGGCACGGCGACAUGGCGGCCCGCAUCGAUGCCGUGUCGCAGCUGCACGGCCGCUGGGCGCACGAGUGCCGCGACCUGUUCGACCGACACGAGAGCGUCACACAGCACUUGACUGAGGAACUGCAGAAGAAACAGACGCUAUUCGCUGACCGGCUGCAGGAGAGACUCGCAAUUUUCACAGCAGACAAGAAAGCAACCGAACAACGCAUAUCAAAUCAGUUGUCAGCCAUGGAGCAAGAAAAAAUUGAAUUGGAGGGUCAGCUGCAAAAAUACGUCCAGCAACAGAUUCAAUACUUGCAAGAAAGACACGAUAGGAGACUGAAAGAGAUAGAUAGAGAUCGAGUGGAGUUCGAGAAGAGGGUCGACGAUCAUGUAGCGUGGUUGAACAGUAUGAGAGAGGCGAGUGAGAAAGAGACGCACGACUUCGUCGGCCGACUCGAGGAGAGUGGGAAAGAGAUGGACAGAUAUAAGCGGGCGGUUGAGGCGUUGUACGUGGACUGUGAGAAAGGCAACACAUUGGUGUCCAAUGCUUGCAACGAUUUGGGAGGGAAUGCUUUGGACAUUGUGCAGCAUGUAAAGAGAGAAUUGGUGACAUCGUUGCAAGAUACAAAAGUAUAUGUACAGCAAGAAACAUCAAAAGUAAUCGCUACGAACAAAGAGAAGAUGUUCGAAUUGACAUCACAAGUCGACAAUGCAAUGGACUCGCUGGCACUCAACUGCCAGCAGACUGUUAUCGGUUUGGCUCAAGAGAUGAAGAACGCAACAUCCCACACAUUAUCAGAAAUAUCGUCUCUCGCACCGCAAGUGGACACCGUGGUGAGCAAGGCGAGGGAGCAGCAGAUGAGGCAAACGGAAAUACUGAGAGACCUGACCAGUGAGACGGAGCACUCGACCGACUGCGUAAAUGAGAAAAUUGCUACUUUGGAACAGUUGGAGAGCAAAUAUCUAAAUGAGCAAUAUGUCGUGUAUUCUCCGACUGGUCACACGCCAGCUCGCAGACAGUACAACUUCCCCAGAAAUCUAGCCGCUACGUCCCCACACGAGAGGAUUAUAGCUCGCUUCAGAGCCAUGAGAGAACAGAAUGAAGAUAGUGCAUCAGAGUCAACGGAAUCAGAGGACUCCGCAGUGGAGCCCUCACCCCCAGCAUCCGAAGCUGAUAUUGACCGAGAACAGAGGAGACACCAAGAUCAAUGCAAGGAAAACAGCAACAUAAAUCGAUCCUCGUCAUUCAAGAAACCAUCGAAAUUACCCUCAUUUUCUGCGAAAAAGCCGCUCGCCGAGAGGAACUGACGAAAUUGAACUCGAAGAUUGACUGUAAAAACUAUUUUAAAUAGACAUGUAUGGAAAAUAGUUACGGUGUUUUGUUACAAUCUUAUACUUGACUUCGGAAGUAAUAACUAUAUUAAUAAUUGUAAUAUUUAAAUUAAUUUUAAACAGGGGAUGAAAAUUCUUUGAAGUUAAAUAAAAAACUGAAAAUUGACACAACGCCAUCUAGUCUCAAACAAAGCAAAACUUGUACUUUGAAGAGGAAUACUUAGUGUACUUUUUUUUCUUACAUACAUUGAACCCAUUCCCUGAUUCUUAGAAAUUAAAUAUAAUUAGUAGCUAUUAUUACUAAAUUUCAUUAUAAUUUGAUAUUUUUAGAUUAGUUUUCUACAUAUUCAUUACGUGCUUAUAUAUAUUUAAAAAUUAAUAAAAAUAUAUUCGGUGGAAAUAUUUUUAUUGUUCCUAAAAACGUGAAUAUUUGAGUCCGAUACAUUUUCAAAUAUCAUGGCAACAUUGGAUAUUUGUUACUUAUAUCCCUUUAUUAUAAUAAAUAUGAAAGUUAUUUAACAACUCAAACGCAAAACUAAUGAGCGGAUUUAAUUUUUUCUAUAUAAAAAUAUAGACCACACCGCUAUUAACAACUUUCAUUCUUUCACGGAAUAUUUAAAAGUAAACU